UCCUUUGAUAUGACGUUUACUCACUUUACUGGUUUUGUCAGUUUUUUCGUUGUCACUCUUCGUUUGGCACUGACUUCUCAGGUGACUUCUGGAUUUCCGGUUGAGUCUCGAUCUAGCAGCUUGAUUUUGCUGCAGUUAUCGAUGAUUCUUAUUUUAGGGAUAACACCCCUGGGUUAAAACACUGUACUGAGUACUUUUUCUUCGACUUGUGCCUGUUCCGUGCUGCUGCAUCCUGCAAACCAUGGCAGACGAUGAGAACACCAAUGAACCCAAAGUUCGCGGAUCACAGGCGUCUCCGACCCAGAAAGUGGAGGACGAAAUCGAAGACUAUUCGCCUGCUGAUUCCGAACAAGACGAGGAGAAUUGCCUGGGCCAGCUCGUGCCCAUUCAUCCCGCGUUCCGUCUCUUCAGUGUAACGGAGGAUACGCACACGUUCGGCCGCGAUCACGACUGCGACUACAAUCUGAACGACCUGAAUGACGGCUCCACGACGUCGCAGACGGAGCAGCAUGAGAAGAUGAAGAAGAUGUUCUCCAAGCUUCAGUUCUCCCUGGUGAAGGUGCAUGGAAAUCCACCGCUUAUUGCGCUGCGGGAUGAGAGCGCCAAUGGAACUUUUGUGGAUGGUAGAAAAAUCGGAAAAGGGAACCAGCAGAUAUUGAAAUCCGGAGACAGGAUUUCUUUGGCUUGGGCAAGAAAUGACGCUUGGUAUUUCAAAGAACGAGCCCAACACCUUCCCUUUCCGGUGCCGGAUGAUUUUGCCGCCAAGUAUCAUGUGUCGAAGCAGCUGGGUAAAGGCGCGUGUGGCACGGUGUAUCUGUGCUUUGACAAGACACAAUCGGCCAAGAAGUAUGCGGUCAAAAUCAUCAGUAAAUUGCUGGUGGCGAAGAAAAUUCCGGAAGAAACGCCACUGGAUGGUGACACAACGGAAGCGUUGGCGGAAGGAGGAGAUCUCUUUAACUGGUUUCCCAGGUUAGCGAAUGAACCAGCAGAACGGCGCUGCAAAUUCGUGAAAAAUGCCUUCGCUCAGAUGGUGUUGGCCAUCAAGUAUCUUCAUGAUCAGGGAAUUACGCACAGAGAUUUGAAGCCUGAAAACAUCCUGGCGUCUGGUGAUAUAGAUAAGCUUGUCAUUAAGAUUACUGAUUUCGGACUGUCCAAACUGAUGACAGAAACAACUAUGUUGAAAACGUUCUGCGGAACACCAGCCUAUCUUGCGCCGGAAAUCUUGGUUGUAGAAGGCAACGGUGGAUCUUAUACUAAAGCCGUCGAUUGCUGGAGUAUCGGGAUUGUCCUGUUUACUUUGCUGGUGAAUUACGCUCCGUUCUCGAAUAGUUAUCCAGAUAUGUCGUUACCGGAGCAGAUUAGAACUGCUCGAGUGAAGUGGUACGAAAGUGCUUGGGGAGAAAUUGAUCGUGCCGCAAGAGAUAUUUGUGAGAAGCUCAUCAAGAAAGAUCCCUUAGAACGGCUGACUAUUGACCAAGUUUGGAGUCAUGAAUGGUUCAACGAUAAAGAAUUGAAACCGCAUCUGAUGGCACUAUUGCCGAAUCUCCAAUGGCCUGCUCAGACUUUUUCGCCGGCAGUGCCUGGGAAGAAACGCCCAAGAGGAGUUGCAUUCUCGCCCCCUCCGCCGCCUACGGAUAAUAAAAAGAAGCGGACCGGGAGGCAGCUGAAGUGAUUGUCGCGUCGAUCGUCUCUUUUUUUGUUUAAUAUUUCGUCUGCGGAAUAUUCCUGAAUCAGUUUGUGCUUUCGAAAGAUUAUUUCUCCGGCGUCCAUUUUUGUAGAAUUACUUACUUAACAAUUAUUAUUAAGUUCCAUUUCCGCUGGACCGCUCAUUGUUAAAUGUUAAAGCCCGCUGUGGAAUGUGUAUAAGUGGUUGCAACUUGCAUGGUGUAUUCGCUGAUUGAAUACACGGCACUUUUGGUUGGCUGGUAUUGAUCGUCUGGUUUAGUAUCUGAGCGGAUUAUUUCAACUCACGGUAUGAUGCAUUUUAAUAUUCUCGUCGGGACGAACCGACAAGCGGAAUGGUGGUAAACAGUCGUAUGGUGGAGAA